CAGUGCCCUCCCGACAUGCCCGAGGAGGCUGGCUUCCCCCCGGCCAAAAGAUUCCGGCCGGGCUCCGGGCCUCCGAGCCGCUCCGGGUCCUGCCCUCCGGGAAGGCGCGUGGUGAUGCUGCUCACUGCGGGCGGCGGCGGAGGCGGCCGGAGGCAGCAGCCGGCCCUGGCCCAGGCCUCUGCCAGCCCCUAUCGUGAAGCCGUGGAGCUGCAGCGGCGGAAUCUGCCCAUCUUCCAGGCACGGGGACAAUUAUUGGCUCAGCUCCGAAACCUGGACAGCGCGGUCCUCAUCGGGGAAACCGGCUCAGGGAAAACAACACAGAUCCCUCAGUACCUCUAUGAAGGAGGGGUUGGCCACCAGGGCAUCAUUGCUGUGACCCAGCCCCGGCGGGUGGCUGCCAUCUCUCUUGCCACCAGAGUCUCAGAUGAGAAGAGAACUGAACUUGGGAAGCUGGUUGGCUAUUCUGUGCGCUUUGAUGAUGUCACCUCAGAAGACACCAGAAUCAAAUUCCUGACUGACGGCAUGCUUCUGCGUGAAGCAAUUUCAGACUCCCUGCUCCGGAAGUACAGCUGUGUCAUUCUAGAUGAAGCCCACGAGCGGACUAUCCACACAGAUGUGCUCUUUGGGGUGGUGAAAACUGCACAGCGGAGACGGAAGGAACUAGGGAAACUGCCUCUCAAAGUGAUUGUGAUGUCAGCCACGAUGGAUGUGGACCUCUUCUCUCAAUACUUUAAUGGAGCCCCUGUCCUCUACCUGGAAGGACGGCAGCACCCAAUCCAGGUUUUCUAUACCAAACAGCCUCAGAAUGACUACCUGCAUGCAGCAUUGGUCUCCGUCUUCCAGAUCCACCAGGAAGCCCCGUCUUCUCAGGACAUCCUGGUGUUUCUCACUGGCCAGGAAGAGAUCGAAGCAAUGAGCAAGACUUGCCGAGACAUCGCGAAGCACCUCCCCGACGGCUGCCCUGCCAUGCUUGUCCUUCCUCUGUAUGCCUCCCUGCCCUACGCACAGCAGCUCCGUGUCUUCCAGAGCGCGCCCAAGGGCUAUCGCAAAGUGAUCAUUUCAACCAACAUCGCUGAAACCUCCAUAACCAUUGCAGGAAUAAAAUAUGUAGUUGACACGGGCAUGGUUAAAGCAAAGAAGUAUAACCCUGACAGUGGUCUUGAGGUGUUAGCUGUGCAGCGGGUGUCAAAGACCCAGGCCUGGCAGCGCACGGGGCGGGCUGGCAGGGAGGACAGUGGCGUCUGCUACCGGCUGUACACUGAGGAUGAGUUUGAGAAGUUUGAGAAGAUGACAGUGCCAGAGAUCCAGAGGUGUAACCUGGCGAGUGUGAUGCUGCAGCUCCUAGCAAUGAAAGUCCCAGAUGUGCUCACUUUUGACUUCAUGUCCAAACCGUCUCCAGAUCACGUGCAGGCGGCCAUUGCCCAACUGGACCUGUUAGGCGCUCUUGACCAUAAGGAUGACCAGCUCACCCUGACUCCAAUUGGAAGAAAGAUGGCAGCAUUUCCUUUAGACCCCAAAUUUGCCAAGACUAUACUCCUGUCCCCCAAGUUCCACUGCACCGAGGAGAUCCUGACUAUUGUCUCCCUGCUGUCCGUGGACAGUGUUCUCUACAAUCAUCCUGCCCGCCGGGACGAGGUGCAGGGUGUUCGGAAGAAGUUCAUUUCCAGUGAGGGGGAUCAUAUCACCCUACUGAAUAUCUAUCGGACCUUCAAAAACCUCGGUGGGAAUAAAGAUUGGUGCAAAGAGAAUUUUGUCAACAGCAAGAAUAUGAUGCUUGUAGCUGAAGUCCGAGCACAGCUGAGGGAUAUCUGCUUAAAGCUGUCGAUGCCGGUCGCGUCUUCGCGUGGAGACAUGGAGAGUGUCCGCCGCUGCCUGGCACACAGCCUGUUCAUGUGCAGCGCGGAGCUACAGGCGGACGGCACGUAUGCCACCACGGACACCCACCAGCCCGUGGCCAUCCACCCAUCCUCUGUGCUCUUCCACUGUAAGCCGGCCUGCGUGGUGUACACGGAGCUGCUCUACACCAACAAGUGCUACAUGCGGGACCUGUGCGUGGUGGAUGCCGAGUGGCUGUAUGAGGCGGCACCCGACUACUUCAGGAGGAAGCUGAGAACAGCCAGGAACUGA